AUGUUUGACAUCUACGACCGCGCAUCCCAAUGCGUGUGCUACGUCGGCGAGCACAGCGACGAGACCGAUACGGCGCUGGACUUUGUUAAGCCGAUGGACCAGCUCAAGAUCGAGAUGAAUGAGAAGGGUCAGUACGACAUCGGGAAAGAGGGGAACAAGACUGGUCCAGAUAUCUAUCUUGCGCGUUGUGCGGCUUUAUACAAGUUCAUGUGCCGUCCGUACUUCAGACGAGUCUGGGUCGUCCAAGAAGUUGCCAUCUCGUCAGAUCCCGCAGUGGUAUUGGACAACCGCAAAGCCGUCACAUUCGGGUCCCUCGACGCCGCCGCGUACAACUUGCAAGCCAUGAUUUCUUUCAACCCCGUUCUCAGAACGCAGAUGAUGAGGGCAGACCCGCAGCUAUACCAGUUUGGUCUGUCGUACGACGAGCUCAUCUUUAUCCCUUGGUCAAGACAGCACGGAAGUCUCAAUAUCAUCGCCGCCCCUGAGCCAUGGCAUAACGUCGAUAACUACAGUCUGGUGCCGUCGUGGUGUCCCGAUUGGACCUUCUCAGCAGCCACAAGCUGCCUCGUCCGUCGAGAGAGUAUCCCCGUGAGGCCUAUGAUGCGGAUGGACGACUUGGACGGCGAGCUGUACUCCGCUGAUGGAGGAAUUGGACAGCUUCGCGACUUUGAAAAACUCUUCAGCUUCAACAAGAGCAUUCUCAACUAUCGCGGCGGCAUCCUAGACGAGAUUGAUGAAAUCAUCGAAGACCCAGGGAGGAUCCCCUCAGGACACAUAUUCCAGCCACCGGAUCCAGACGCAUUCUACAAGUUCCAAGAGUAG